AAGUUGACCGAUCAUUCGAUGCGAAACCUCCCGCUCCCCGGAGCUCCGCCACUGAUCGCCAUUGAUACUGCAAUUUUACGUCCUGUGACCUGACGUGCCUGACUUGUGGUGACGUAAGCAUAAAUUAUCAUAAGUGGUACUGCUGGAGUUGUGAUACUGGCGCUACCUGACCUUACCACUACCAGAGCAAUGAGCAGUUUAGCGUAAUCCCCAUGCAGAGCAGUGGACUUCGAUGAAGCUUUUCAAGCCCACGCCGUACGUACAAGGCAGAGGGCGAUUUUCACGCUGUUCAUAUCGAUCUUCAAAGAAUAUUUGCAGUUCAAACAGAAUAUAUACCAUGUCUCCAUUCCAGCGAUCAGCCCUGAUUUACGUAAUCUUUGGCUUCUGUCUUGGUCUCAUGACAUCUAGACUAUUUGGUGGAUCGGGCAACUGCUCAUCCAAUCAACCUGUCGCAGUGAAUACGCACAUCCAAUGCAGAUAUCCCAAGUCCGAAAUGAGAGCGUUAACUGCUGAUGAGGUCGUAGCGUCAGUCAACAACGUUAAGCCCGAAGUUCCCAAACACAAAGCCGAUGUCUCCGAACCAAAGGCGAACGCACCUCGAACACCGAGGAAGAUCCUGCUUGACUGCGGAGGCAACGUGGCAUCCACUGUGCUGCUGUUUCGUGAGACGUACCCAGGGGGACAAGAUUAUAUCAUCCAUUCGUUUGAAAUUGAUGAUCGUCUGGCACCGUACUACAAACCCUACGGUAAUCACCAUCUUCACUGUCCCGUCGGCGUUGCAGGCAAGAAUGGGGAAAUGACGGCCUAUUCGGAGAUGGUCUGGUCACCCAAUAAAGGUAGUAAUCAUGGCGCUGACAUGCAGUGGGGCGGCGGUUCGCUGUUCGUGUCUGGUCAGGAAAAGCAAGAUGACAAAACAGGUGGUUAUCGCAAGUUGUCCUAUCGGAAGACAAUACCGGUCAUUGACCUCUCGCAGUGGAUUGUGGAUAAUUUCUCCAAAGAUGAUUACAUCAUCUUUAAGCUGGACGUUGAGGGCGCCGAAUAUGAAAUUUUGAGGAACAUGAUUGACAACAACGUACUGGCUUACAUUGAUAAAUUUUACGGUGAAUAUCACGACUGGCAACCGACGGGCUGGUCCUGGUCCGACAGACGCCGAAUACAAUCCGACAUCCAGAAGGCUGGCUUCAGCAUGAUUGACUGGACCGGGGAGGAAAGAAAAUACUCGGAUAUUGAAGCGAUGAACCCCAUCAAGGUACUCGAUGGCACCCCUGGCAAAGCUGGAAAGGUUUAUACGAAUUGCGCCAGUGGCUCUGUGGCUUUAACAGUCGCUGUGGGCAUGAACUACAAACGUGCGCGGAGAGUGGUAGAGACACUGGCAGCCCACAAGUAUAAAGUUCCCAUCACGCUGUUCGUGUACGGAGACUUUGUUCAGAGAAACUCCGAGGCUGUCAAAACCUGGAGCGAGCACUUCAACAUCGGUAUACGGGAGGAUGGGCACAAUCCUCCGGGGCACUUAGAACUGAUGCCCGGUGCUUGGGUCCGCAUGGGUCUGAUCAGCUCCAUUCUGCGCUUGGAGAAGAUAGGCAUCACAGCGUCUUAUUAUCUACCUACGGUGCAGGGAGAUGCAUCGACGACGAUCCUCGGAGAGGCCAAGAGCAGAGGUCUGCGGGUUAUCAAACCGGUGGCGGAGUUUCCUGCUAAACAGGGUACACCUGAUGAAUUAACGUGGAAUAACUACUACCAGUAUCGUGAUGUGGAGCGCGUCCCAAAGGCAUUACGCAAGAUUCACGAUGCUUUAUCCAAGAACACUGGGGGCGUCCUAACUGUGGACUCGGACCUGCCAGACACGUACAUGAAUUCCGUUUUCAUGUUGGAUUAUCUAGUUGAGACGUCAGGUUUUAAGUUGGUGGAUUUAAACGAGUGCGUCUCUCAGUCGCGGUAUUCCUCAUUUUUUGGUGGGAUUUUAUAAUUUAGAGCCAUGUUCAUAUACAUGAAUAGAUCGCAAUCCACUCACACUGAUCGAUCCACUGACGUCUUUGGCCAAGACUAGUCCAUCUUUGGCUACAUUCUUGGCAUUCUACAGUUCUGUACUGAGGACCAACUUACUGAGGUUUUUGUGCAUCGCUGGUUAUCAAUAGCCGUCUGUAAUACAAUGCGCAGCAGGCAACCAGGAACGGCCGAGAGUUUUUUUUUUAUUACGACUCUUGACCAAAGUUGGACUAAACACCAUGCCUCCCGAAUUUAACACUGAUUAACAAAUGUCUCCUGAUCGAACUUCCUCAAAAUGAAUUGUGUGCCAAGAGUUCGAGUAUGACAUCAGGCCAUGGUGUCGCCAUGUUUGAGAGGGGAUUGCUCGUGCACAUUGGGUCUUGUUAUAAGUACAAUGUACUGAAGACUGCUCCUCAGUAGCCCCGAAUGAAGACAAUACGCGACAGUGGUCUGGAUCGUGAUCACAACCAUUCUAGUUGAUUAAUGUUUUCUGCCUGAUUUUCUUUUUCGUUUUUGUGUGCCUUCUACUGACACGAACAAAUUGUAAUGUAGGAAAACGUCUUUUAGGAGGCACCGUACAUUGGCACAUUGCCCAACUUCUUUUAUAAAUGUAUUAUAAACGCCUGCAGUCAGUGCGCUGUGCGCGCGAAAUGGGCCUAAUUCGCGAGUUGGCCAUUUUUGUCGAGUUCCCUGAAUGUAUUUCAUUAAUUGAUAAAUGUUGAAUGGGAUGGCGCCAGACUAUUUAUGCAGGCACAAUGCAGCCUUAUUUUACUGUAAUUUUUUUUUGAAUAUGGCUUUAAACAUUAGGGAAUGUUUAACAACAAAUUUAAAAUUAUUUUUUGAGGCAGACUGGAAUUGCAAUUAAGUUGCUUUUAAGAUUUUACCUAACUUUCUAUUGAAUAUGGCCGACUCGUGAAUAAGGCCCAUGAUCCUUUUCAGUCUGCACACCGUACCAUCAAAGUGUGAGUAUCGUAUAGAUCGAUAAGUGCUCUGAACCAACCAUUUCACUUAGGUAGACCAGACUUUGUAAUUGCUGUACAUUCUCAUUUCAUUGUGUCACUAUCCCUGACACUGCUGAUUGAAGUAUAGUAUGUAAAAAGGGAGUGAUUUUGAGGUGAAUUUGUUCCAUUUUAAUCCCAAAAGUUUCAUGUGCAAAUCUCAUUUUGAUAUUGUUGCUCAUAAAUCUCAGGUUGUUGCUCUAAACUGUUUCAUGUUGAGUUUAUGUGGCGACCGUUGUAUGUUUUAGCGUUUUGAUCUGUGCCGGGCCUCAUAUACUGUACUGUAUCAUAAUCUGGAAGGCGGAGUCCACACAGUCGUGCACUGACCCGGCGUUCGGGGAACUUUAACUUUAAUAAUUAGACUACUCAGAACUUUGAUUAUUUGCAACUGUAUGGGAAUUUUACACUUGGAAUUAGGACUACUAGGAACUUAACUUAACUAGGAACUUACUUAACUUUACUUUAUCAACUUAGAACUUAGUCUUGUAGCUUGUAGACAUUGAAUCUAAUUCAUCUAUAAGUGUAACAGUACACUAUUUUUGUGAGCUCAAAUAGACCUAAGACCUAAUGACGUAAUGCCUUUGUUUACAUCUGCGCUUUCCUAUGGGAGCGAAGUCGGGAAGCCAGACUAAGUAGGGACCGUCUACCACAUAGGAAAGCGCACAUGUAAACAAAGCGUGACGUCAUUAGGUCUCAGGCCUAUUGAUAUUGAUGUCAUAAUCAUGAGAUGAGUUUUGGAAAAAAAGUA